AUGGGUUGUUCUGAGUGGUGUAAACAGGAAUUCAAGCCUUGUAACUUUGGUUUUGGUAAGCAUCUGCGCCCUGAACUCACAGUCACCUCACAGUGGCCGAGCCUACCGCCAGUGAUAUACUUGGCAUGGAGAUGGUUCGCUUUUGCCUACCACCUCGCAUGGCUAAUCGUAACUGUGGCAGCAGCAACGAUAUAUACCGCCGGUCGGGCCACGUGGUUCGCCUAUCUCACAAACUGGACAUACUUCCUCUUGACGGUUGACGUCCUCAUAGAGGCUCUGGCUUCACUGGUAUGGUAUUUUCGAGCUCGGAAUCCAAACGUCGAUGUUGUUCCAGAGACGACAACUUGGUACAUGAAGCUAUCCUGGUUCAUGUACUCCAUAACCACGACGGUGGUUGUGCUCGUCGGCCUCACGUAUUGGUAUGAUAAUCACCACUGUCUUUGCUUUUUUCUUGCAGCUGGUGCAGAUGAUUUCUAUAUAGACGUUCAGACGCAUGGAAUUACACUUGUCUACGUGGUGCUGAACCUAGCACUAACAGGUGUGCCCGUUCGCAUCUACCACCUUAUCUACCCAUUCGCCUUCGCCGUCCUGUACACCGUAUUCACCGUGAUUUACUACUAUGCUGGCGGAGUCAGCAAGAACGGCAAAAGAUACGUUUACAAAGGCGUCUUGGACUGGGCCGACCCUAACACCUCUCUCACCUGGAUUAGUAUAUUAGCCUUUGUUGGCAUACCUGUAAUUCACGUGUUGCUAGUGUACGGCUUACACCUUGUCAGGGUGACAAUCCACAACAAGUGUUUUGGCGAUGACUGCAUGGCGGACAACAAAGUUAGGCAGGCCGAAAUGACGACUCUUUCAGACGAGAACACAAAAUCUUACUGCAUCGCAUGAUGUAAAGUAUAAUGAAUGACCAAUGCUAUACAACCUUUAUAUUUUCUAUGUGAAACGUAAGAAAUGUAACAUUUGCAAAUGAUGUUAUUUAUCGGUGUAAUGUUGAAGCAUAGACAUACAUAGGCACGUUUUGUACACUAAUGUAUGUAACAUCUGGCCUACAGGUGCAUGU